UUUGAUCAGCUGACUGUAGUGUGGCGCUGUCUUGAAAUACCGGGCUAACAAAAAUAUUGAUUGACAGUUAUGAUUUGAACAUUAUAGCUGUCAUUUACCACUAUCGUCCCAUAUUCACACCCAGCGUUUCACUGUAAUUCAGUAUCCUCUCUAGUUCCUCCGCCCGAUCCACCUGACCUGUCUGCAGUGAUGAGCGAGUUCUGGCUGAUCUCUGCGCCCGGGGAGAAGACCUGCCAGCAGACCUGGGACACCAUGAUGCACCGCAGCACCAACCUGUCCACCAACAACAAGUUCAACAUCCCUGACCUCAAGGUGGGGACGCUGGAUGUCUUGGUCGGACUGUCUGACGAGCUGGCCAAGCUGGACUCCUUUGUUGAGAGUGUGGUGAAGAAGGUGGGCCAGUAUAUGGCAGACGUGCUGGAGGACAGCCGAGACAAAGUGCAGGAGAACCUGCUGGCCAACGGAGUGGAUCUGGUCACCUACAUCACACGGUUUCAGUGGGACAUGGCAAAGUACCCCAUUAAACAGUCACUGAAGAACAUCUCUGAAAUCAUAUCCAAACAAGUAUCUCAGAUCGACAAUGACCUGAAGGCCAGAGCGUCGGCCUACAACAACCUGAAGGGGAACCUGCAGAACCUGGAGCGGAAGAAUGCGGGGAGCUUAUUGACCAGAAGUCUGGCUGAUAUUGUGAAGAAAGACGAUUUUGUGCUGGACUCCGAGUACCUUGUUACAAUGCUGGUGGUUGUACCAAAGACAAGUUAUGCUGACUGGCAGAAGACAUACGAAACACUUGCAGAAAUGGUGGUGCCUCGAUCCACUAGCCUGCUGUUUGAGGACAUGGAGAGUGGCCUCUUCAGCGUCACCCUCUUCAGGAAGGCCAUCGAUGACUUCAGACACAAGGCCAGAGAGUACAAGUUUACUGUAAGGGACUUCCAGUACAAUGCGGAAGAGAUGAAAGCUGACAAAGAAGAAAUGACACGGCUCUCAACAGACAAGAAGAAGCAGUUUGGUCCGCUGGUGCGGUGGCUGAAGGUGAACUUCAGCGAAGCCUUCAUUGCCUGGAUCCACAUAAAAGCACUCCGGGUUUUUGUGGAGUCUGUCUUAAGGUAUGGGCUGCCUGUCAACUUCCAAGCCAUGCUUCUGCAGCCGAACAAGAAGAAUAUGAAGAAGCUGCGGGAGGUCCUCUACGACCUGUACAAGCACCUGGACAGCAGCGCAGCUUCCAUCAUCGAUGCGUCCAUGGACAUCCCGGGUCUGAACCUGAGCCAGCAGGAAUACUAUCCGUAUGUGUACUAUAAGAUUGACUGCAAUCUGCUGGAUUUCAAGUAGAGCAAUACUCAUCCCCCUUCCCCCGCAAUCCAUCCCAUACUUAAAAAAAACAAACAAAUUUAUUUACAACCCCCUCUUUUCUCUCUGCCCUCUCUCUUUCUCCUCCUCCUUUUGUUUGCCAUGCUGAAAAUAGAGUGAUUCGCCCCCCAAUCCUUCAUCGUCAUUCCUUCCGCUAUCUGAGCAAGGGGAGGGGGCAACUGUGUUGUACCAGUUAUUUUGAUAGAUAUUUUGUUUCUGCUAGGCUUUUUAAAUACAUUUUCCCCCUUACACUCAAUGUUUAGCUAAUAUGGUAGGCCUGUAUGGCUAGUUCAACUCUGCCUCAGUGAACAUAUUGACUGGCCACCUGGUGGCAAUAUAGUGCACAUGACAAAAUGUCCAAAAAGUCCAACUCCUAUGCCUCUAAGAUUUACAGUAUUUGGCACAUGGGUCCCUCUGGAAAUCAAGUCACAAAGCCUGUCAUAUUUGAUUUUCUGGAAUUCUUUUGGAAAACACAAUGAAUAUUCUACAAAAAUAGUUUGUUUUGCAGUCUUCUGCAAAUAUUUGACAUGGGGCAUCAAUGGAUAGAAAUGACUUUCAGUUUUAUCAAAGGAUGGCCACUUUACAAGCCAAAGUGCUCCAGUGAUGAAGUUCCUCAUUUGGCACCCUGCAGUUUGUGUACCCUAAGGGUAACCGCCUUCUUGGGAUAUUAGUAAGCCAUUUUCAUAUUUGCAGGGCUGCUGCAAUUGAACCACACUAUUACGAGAGCUGGACCAGGGAGACAGAACUAUGGGCCCUUUACUAGUGUCCAGAGAUAUGUAUUUCAGAGUCAUUCAGGGUGCAGUAUGGGUCAUGUGAAUCCCUGGGGCACUUUAAAACUACUUCUAUGGGACAACCUUGAACCCUUACUUGAGCGACUUUGGGAUGGGGGGUAUGCCUUGGUAUUCACCAUAUUGGUCCUUCACCAUACUGUAUUUUCUGCCAUUUAAAAUUGGUGUGAAAAACACUAAAAUGCUUCUCCUUCUACAAAAAUAAACUAAUUUGAACAAGAUCAGGCAUGGUGCAUAUAUGAACUUCUCUCUAUGCAGGUCUUAUAUUUCUUGUGAUUUUGUCCAAAGAUGGCGAAGUGACAAGCCAAUGAACUUGCAUUUUGCUGUAGCGUAUCACAAAAAAACUUAUAAAUCCAAAAUGGUUUCACCUAUACAAAACUUGGUAGGUGUAUUCACAUGCUCAUGAAGACUCCCACCCCAUGGCAAUUGCCUAAUCAGAUGACAUGGCUGUGCUAUAGAGCUCAAUAUUUUAUUACAAAUAUUUUAAAAUUCCAUUGGUCCAUUCCCAUCAGCAGGAGUACGGGGAGAGUGUAACGGCUAUGCUAUAUGUUUUGUGUUUUUCUUUAAUCUGUUUACAGUUUAUGUAUCUUAAUAACAUGAUCAAGUAAUUUAAAUAUGUGCUCAGAGAAUCAAAGUAUUGUGUCACUUUGUCAUUAUCAAGAGUUGUGCAUUCUAAUCAUUCCACUUCUGCAGUGCUGCGGCAUUGCCGAGUUGAAGGAUGAUCCGUUUACAGACAUUCUUUAAAUAUUCUUUCCCCCCUGGAAAGGGAAGUUACAGUGUGUUGGAUUUUAUUCCUGCAGUGUGAUUGGCUAUAGCAGAUUUAGCCUGUUGUGGAGUUGAGUAUGAUGAACAGUUGAGUUGGCCUGACUUGAGCCCCACCUACACAAGAUUAUGAUUCAUCGGAACUUAACUAAACACUGGAAAAUCACGUCCCUACAAUUGGCAACAUGUCUAGCAUUAGUGUCAGCCUGGUCAGGCUCAUCGUGCUGUAGCAGAGCCUGGUAGGUGAAGCCAUUGUUUAUGUGAGGGGGAGGGUCUUUUAUCCUGUACUCAACACAUUUGCUGCCUCUCAUAAGUCGUGGUUCACUUAAAUGGCAAAUUGUUUUACAAUGAAGCAAUAUGUGUGUUGUCUCAAUCUGUAUAUUUGGUGUGUAAAGGAAUACAUGUGCAAGUACUAUCUAUACCAUGGAUAAAAAUAAAUUAAAUGGAUAUAUUAA